AGGAAUGCCGAGUUUUCUGGGAUUGUUUUGCACAGUUCUUUUAUUGAUUGUGAAUUGUGGCCUACAGAAAACGAACGCUGAGAUUCUCGGAUGUGAUUUCUAUGACACUAUAGAUAUUUCGUCAAGUCGAAAGUUACCGAGUGGUUCUUAUAUAUAUGAAGACUUAGUUAUUCCCCUGCAUUUAACUGGGGAAUAUGACUACAAAGUGUUGCCAGACAACUCGAAAAAGAAGGUGACGAGCCACUUAAGAGGAUGUGUCUGCAAACUAAAGCCCUGCGUCAGGUUCUGCUGCCCUUUUGACCACAUAAUGUAUGGUAGUCUAUGCUACGAUGACAUGACGAUGGACGAGCUGGACGGACUCGAUCCAUUCCUGAACGUGACUCUCGACAACGGGUCGGUGGUAAAAAGACAUUUUAAAACCGAACUCAUCGUGCAGUCGGAUUUGCCCAUUCCUUCCAACCUAAUGUAUUUAAUAGACAAUCGAUAUGAAGGCAAUGAGUACACAUUAUUCGAGAAUGGAACCUUUUUACGCCACUAUGACAACGAGUUCAUUAAUAAGCGGGAAUACUGCCUGCAGCAUCUUCCCUUUAAAAAUGGAAAUAAAACAUCCAUUCGAAUUGUGCCCUACAACUGCUUACUAGAGCCCCCGAAAAAUUGGAGGGCCUUGGUCUUGGUUUUAUCACUUAUUUGCUUGAUUUUUACGAUCAGUGUGUACCUUUUCAUUGAGAAGCUUCGGAACUUUCAUGGUAAAUGCUUUAUAUGCUACAUGGUUUCUCUAUCUAUGGCAUACCUUCUCCUAUUUCUUAACUGGUGGGACUUAUCGUUUGGCUUCUGCGAAACAGCAGGUUUCAUGGGCUACUUCUUCAUCAUGUCCACCUUUUUUUGGCUUUCUGUCAUCAGCCGGCAUCUCUGGAAAACAAUUAGCGAGCCCUACCACUCGGCCAACCUUCCAAAGCGUCAGUUUCUGGUCUACAACAUUUUCGCCUGGGGAACGGCGUUGGUCUUGACUGGAGUUACUUUUAUAGCUGAUCAGGUCGUGGAGAACAAGGACUGGAGUCCUCGUGUGAGGGAGUUCUGUUGGAUCGAUACUCGAGUUUGGUCUGCCGUGCUCUACUUAGUUGCACCGAUUCAGGUGCUUUUUCUGUUCAACACUACCAUGUUUAUCCUUACUGUUCUUCACAUUAUAAAGGUAAGGCGGGAUAUAGAAGACUUUACACAGUACCAGAAGGGUGCCCAGAAGCUAAGCGCUAAUAAACCGAGUUACACCUUCUUUUUGCGUAUCUUCAUUAUGAUGGGUGUGUCGUGGAGCCUGGAGAUAUUUUCCUUCUUGGUACAGGGUCACAAAUUAUUGGAGAAUAUUUUUGUGGUGACUAGUCUCUUCAAUUGGUCCCAGGGUAUUAUCAUAUUUGUGCUUUUUGUUUUGAAGAAGAGCACGCUAAGACUCUUGAAGAAACGUUUAUAUUCUACAAAAGUAAGUCGAUGGUUGACCGGGAAUUCUUUUAAUCAGGAGUCAAUCAGGCAAAUAAGUAAUUCAGAAACAUAAGGACGAACUUUUAUAAGUAAACACCCUGUAUUUCUUAUAUUUUGACAUCGAAUAUAAAUCUGUUUUUUCAACA